AUGCCGUUUAGGUUUAAUAGUAAUAAUAAUAAUAAUAAUAAUAAUAAUCCUUUUCAAAGGGCAUAUCAAGGUCGAUUAUAUGAACGGUUCGCCAACUAUGGCCAACAACAACCGGGAGCAGCACUGGUAGCUAAUAGACAACUACAUCAACAACAACAGCAACCGUUUGGCGGCAGCGGCUUCGGUAGCUUUGACGGUGGCCUCAACUUUGGCCGUAACUUUGGUGGUACAGGUGGUGGUGGCGGUAACAGCGGCGGCCGCGCCAGUGGUCGUAAUGCCGAUGAGUUUGGCGACAACAGCGGCGGCUACGGUGGCGGCGGCGGUGAUGAAGAAGCCGAUGGCGGCGACGGGGAGUUUGGCGGCAAUGAUGAUGAUAAUGACCGUGACUUUUAUGGCGACGGUGGCGACGACACCGACGAUAAUAAUCUUGACUAUAAUGAUGUCGUUUCCGGCGGCGGCGGCGGAGACGGUCGUGACUUUGAUCCGUACCGUUAUGUUAGCGAUGCCAUCGGCGGCGGCGGCGGCGGCGGUGGCGGUGACGGCGACGGCCAUAGUAACGAGUAUUUUGAGGACAAAAAAUAA